AUGGACGUAGACGUAGAUGCCGCCCCGCCCUGCAAUACUCCGCCCUAUGAGAUUGCAAGCGUUACAGGAAUUCUUCAUGCUCAUUCCACGCAUUCCACCCGUGUCUCUUCAGCAGUGUCGUGUCCCGUCGAGGUCGCUUUUCCGGAGGGUUCGUUCUCGAGCCCAGGGCGCUCGCUCGUUCCUCUUGCGACCGUAAACUGUGAAAAAUUUCCGCGCCCCAUUUUAUUACUUCUACCCACUACCACUACAACAAUAACAACAACAACAACAACAACAACAACAACAACAACAACAAUCUCUACAACUCUUCUUCCCACGAUAAUAGUAAAGAGUGUUUGA